CGACCGCAGAACUACACCCGUCUAGCAUGUUUAUGUGCAUUUAUGUAAUGUGUGCCAUGGUCUCGACCCAGCAGUGUUGACAAUAGGCUGAGUUGAAGCAGCCUUAAAUCAACAACGAGCAACGGAAAACACGACAAAUUUAGGGUGUUGUUUGAGACGUAGAGUUUAACCGGUAAUAGGGAUGUUAAUAGCGUCAACAUAAUCGUUGCGUAGAGCCGUGUUUUGUUCUUAACGGGAGUAUAAGGAUUUUCCAUUCGGAUGGAAAGCUGCUUGUGGGUUUGGCUGUUUUAGGCCGAGAUUUUGCUGCUGGGAGAGGCUGUUAGCACCGAGCUGGAGGCAGCCGCACAGUUAGCCUGACAGUUAUCCCGACACAGGACAAACCACCGCCGCAGCCUCCACUUCAAGUUGUGGAGGAUCAGAGUGAAGUACCACGACGGAAGAAGUUCCAGCCAGUCGUGCUCAAGUCGGGACUCGGGUCAGGACUCAGAACGUUGUGUGUGUCUUCCAGCCCGGUCACUGUCAGUGUGUGAUCUGUAGCUAACAUUUGCAUCAUUAGCUCUGUCUCUGUAUUUACAUCCGGGAUGAUGGGUGAUCGCCCGAGCCCGCCCAGCAGGGCUAUGUCCUCGGCACCCACCUCAUCUCCGUCUGUGGACAAAGUGGACGGAUUUUCACGGAAGUCUGUAAGGAAGGCCAAGCAAAAGCGGUCACAGAGUUCAUCCCAGUUCCGCUCUCAAGGCAAACCCAUUGAGCUCACGCCCUUGCCACUGAUCAAAGACGUUCCUGCACCAGAGCAGCCGGAACUGUUCUUAAAGAAGUUACAACAGUGUUGUACUGUCUUUGACUUCAUGGACACACUGUCGGACCUCAAGAUGAAAGAGUAUAAGCGCUCCACGCUCAACGAGCUGGUGGAUUAUGUGACUGUCAGCCGUGGCUACUUGACAGAGCAGGCCUAUCCUGAAGUUGUCAAAAUGGUGUCUCAUAACAUAUUCCGGACCCUUCCACCCAGCGACAGCAAUGAGUUUGACCCUGAGGAGGAUGAGCCCACACUUGAGGCCUCUUGGCCACACUUACAGUUGGUUUACGAGUUCUUCAUUCGGUUCUUGGAGAGUCAGGAAUUCCAGCCCAGCAUUGCCAAAAAGUACAUAGACCAGAAGUUUGUCCUACAGCUUUUGGAGUUGUUUGACAGUGAGGACCCUCGAGAAAGAGACUAUCUGAAGACAGUCUUGCAUAGAAUCUAUGGAAAAUUCCUGGGGCUGAGGGCUUUUAUACGAAAACAGAUCAAUAAUAUUUUUUUACGUUUUGUUUAUGAGACAGAACACUUCAACGGAGUGGCUGAGUUGCUGGAGAUCUUGGGAAGUAUAAUCAAUGGUUUUGCUCUGCCACUGAAAGCAGAACAUAAACAGUUUCUGGUUAAAGUGUUGAUCCCCCUUCAUACUGUGAGGAGCCUGUCCCUGUUCCAUGCACAGUUGGCUUAUUGCAUUGUACAGUUCUUAGAGAAAGACCCAACAUUAACAGAACCAGUCAUCAGAGGCUUACUUAAGUUCUGGCCAAAAACGUGCAGUCAGAAAGAGGUGAUGUUUCUUGGAGAGUUGGAGGAAAUAUUGGAUGUCAUAGAGCCCACACAGUUUGUAAAGAUUCAAGAGCCGCUUUUUAAACAGAUCUCCAGAUGUGUUUCCAGCCCACAUUUCCAGGUUGCAGAGCGAGCUUUGUACUACUGGAACAAUGAAUACAUCAUGAGUCUGAUCGAGGAGAACUCCAGCGUCAUCCUGCCCAUCAUGUUUGCCAGUCUGUACAGGAUCUCCAAAGAGCACUGGAACCCGGCUAUUGUAGCACUGGUGUACAAUGUUCUGAAGGCCUUCAUGGAAAUGAACAGUACCUUAUUUGAUGAACUCACCGCCACUUACAAGUCGGACCGUCAGCGUGAAAAAAAGAAGGAGAAGGAGCGUGAGGAGCUGUGGAAGAAGCUGGAGGACCUGGAGCUGAAGCGGGGCCUUAGGAGUGAUGGGAUCAUCCCAACUUAACAAAGACAGUGCCGUGCUCCCCUUCAAUCCUCCAUCCCUGACCUUCACACCCUGCCCUCCACUUCAGCCAUGUCUGCCCAGACCUCCUGAUACAGGCUGUGGUCUCUGGACUUACACAGCACCCGCUGGUUUCUUAAUCCUUUUAUUAUUUCUGUUAUGUUUUGUUUCUCCUGUGUUUGUGCGACUUACUUUACUGUAGAUUCAUCACAUCUGUUUUCAUUAUUUCAGGAGCACUGUAAAUAAUUCUUUUCCCUUGAACGGAUGUUAAUGCAAACAGAUAAAAAGAAUAAUAACAAUAAACAAGAAAAAAACAGAAAUGGAGAAAAUGACUCGGUGUCUGUGACGGGGGAUCUCAACAAAAAAAACAAGAAAGCAUUGAAACAGGAGUUAGAUUCAUCAUUUAUUUCUGUUUAACUCUUCACCCCACUCCUCCUUUGUGCAUCCCACAUUUAACUUUUGUUUUCCUGGUUCUCCUUUUAGUGUCCUCUCCUGCCUCUGCCAUGUGUGUUUCCUGGACUGAUUUAGAUUAAGCUUCACCCCCUAAAGAGAAUCCCAAAAGUUUCCUCAGAUGAUAUUUCUCUCUUUGGUUUCAUUCACCUGUUGACAGGUUGUCCAUCCUGUAAAACAGACUAACUCAGCAAGAUUGGCCCUUUGUAGCCCUCUGAGUGUGUUUACAUGCAUGUUUAGGAAAAGCAGUGGUAGACUCCUACUUUAUUCUUGUUUUCCCGUAGAUUCAGAGGAAAAGUAUAGUUUAACAUGCAGGUAUUUCUAAUAUUUUAGAGUAAAGUGAGCUGUAUUUGAAGAGAAAUUCCUGACUAGAAAUCUGAGGGGUUCUGUAAUAAACAGCUAUGACUUUACUGAAUCAUUGAUGAACAGCAGCAUUUACUUGGCUGUAAGACAAUGGAAGUAUCAGUUCAUAUAAAUGCCUUCAGCUUUUAACAUGUCAAAGCCAGACUCAAAUACUAUUAAAGUUGGUGCUGUAGUUGGUUAUUGAACAGUUAGGUACAGAGUUAGGUUGUUUUUUUUCCACUGCUUUAGCUCCAUCUUGAUGUGGGAACAGCACAGAUGGCAAAAAAGACAAAUUCCAAUCACAUGAAUAUUUUAAGAUUAAGUGACAGAUGUUGACAACAUUGACUUUUAAAGUAGAUAUUACAGUUUUAAGUGAUGCCUCCACUGGAUAUUUGACAAUUUAAGCACUGUUUCUGUUUUUAAGAGUUAAUGGCCAGCAUUUAAGUUCAUAAUUUUCCUUUUUCCAGUGGAACUUCUUUCUCUGAGAGCAUUGCAUGUAAACACACUCUGAUUUCCUCCUUGAGAAAUAUAUUAAGUGAAUUAUUUUUCCCUUGAUCUUUCCAGCUUUAGGAGACAUAUUGGUAACAGUCUGGCACUGGUACCAGCCUGCCAAAAGUGAGACAUCAACAUGCAAACAAUACAAAAUUGUGAAGUACACUAAAAUCCUCUUCCUCCUUUUUGCCACUGGGGGGCAAUGCGUUGACCUCACAGUAUUACAGCAACAGUGACUAAAGAUGACCUUGUACAUUAUUUAAUGCAGUACCCUGAUAUUUCUGUAUCUUGUAGUAAUUUAGCAUUUAUUGUUUUGCUUAGGAAUUGUGGAGAGGAUUAUCCAGUAUAUAAAGAGGUAUUAUGGAACAAGACUUCCGACUAUACAUGUUUGUGUGUUUUCCCCUUUUAGUAUGUUAAUUUUUUUUCGUCACUAUUUCCUUCUGCUCUUGGUUUUUAAUCUUGUUUUCAAUAUUUUGAUGACAUUUUUGUUCAUUAGCUAUAUAUGUAUAUCUUUUUUGGGGGAGGAGGGGGGUGAGAGUUUGUCAGUGGGGCAGCUAGACAUGAGCUUGGAGCGAGGGGUGGGGGUAAGUGUGGUGAGGAAGCAUGGAGCAGAUUGUGUUUAACUGAUGAUACCUUCUGAGAGUGAUUCGCCCCCACACAACCCCUUCCUCCCUUGCAGAAUUGAUGUGUGGUGUAGAACGGCCCAGAUGUAAUAUGAUUUAAAAUCUGAAAAAAAAAAAAAGAUCAAAAGGGUUGGAAGAAUACAAAUGUUUAAUUAUUUUAAAAAAUAAAGAGAUAUUAAAUUAAA